AUGGUUCACAAGAUCCUUUUCUGGGCCGGUUUCGGCAUCGCUACUAGAUUCGUCCAACUCGGCAUUGAAAUGAGACCGUUCUUCCAGCGCGGCGCGUUAUGGGUGUAUCCUCUGUUCAUGGGAAUUGGCGGGUCGUUCGGAUACUGGAUGCAGGGCGUGGAGGAGCGACAGAUCAAGAUGCUCCAGCAGCGGAAAGAACUUUUGAUUGAGAAGCGGAGACGGCGGGCGGAGCGGGAAGCUGCAACGGGCGGCGAGGCUGAGACUGUGGGCGUGCUGGCUUCGACAAGUUAA